GGUGGCGGUACAGAUGCACAGAGAAUAUAAACAACACAAAACAAGCUAAGCAGGUUAGCAGGGGGAAGGCUCACCGUUUCCUCGUGUGUAAACACGAUAAAGCCAGCUAAAGCCCUGGCACAGAGGAGAAGUGUUACCUUCACACAACAAAAAUGCAGUCUGUUGUGAAACAAAACUUCCAUUCAGAGACUGAAGGAGACAUCAACAAACUCAUCAAUGUGAAGCUCAAUGCAUCCUACACCUACCUUUCUCUGGGGAUGUACUUUGACAGGGAUGAUGUUGCCUUGCCCAAAUUCUCCAGUUUUUUCCUGGAGCGCUCCGUGAAAGAGAGGGAGCAGGCUGAGAAGCUGCUGGAAUAUCAGAACAUGAGAGGAGGCAGAAUUUUGCUCCAGACCAUUGUCAAACCAAGUAGAGAUGAUUGGGUAGGUGGUUUGGAUGCCAUGACCUUUUCCCUGGACUACCAGAAGUCCCUUAACUCAUGUGUCCUUGAUGUGCACCGCCGAGCAGGAACCCACACUGAUCCUCAUUUGUGUGACUUCCUCGAGCAGCACUUCCUUCUCGACAGCCACGAUACCAUCAAGAAGCUGGGCGAUUACGUUGGCAGUCUGAACCGCAUCACUGCGUCUGAGAAACACGGCUCUAUGGGAGAAUACCUCUUUGAUAAACACACUCUGUAAAAGGUCACAGCAACACAGUGGCACAAGCUCCAAAUUUUAAAAUGCACAUGGAGCCCAGAGGGCAACAGCCCCUAAAAACACUGUGUAUGUUUUCCGUUAAGAAAAUUGCAAAAAUAUUUCCAAAAUAACAGAAAAUACCUCAGUUUUUCUUGAAAGCCAUGGUGGAAAAAUAUUCUCACAAAUAUGGUGCUAAAAACUACCAACUUGAUAAGCUGUUAAAAUAAGUCAGUUGUUCAUUUAAACAAUUGUAUCAUGUGUCAUACAUUCCAAUGUGUCGGAGGUUUUAAACAAUUUCAAAAUAUUUGUUGAAUGCGUACAUUUCUGAUUAAAACAAAAUUAUUCACACAGUUUAUGAUUUGGAAUAUCAGUGAAAUGCAAAUUAAAGUCGGAUUAUGCUGACA